AUGGGAAAUGUUUUCGGCAGAAAGGGACACCCCAGUCGAGUGACAGGACAGGGUGAUUUUUUUCAACUGAAACAGCAGUGAGAUAAACUGAAAAUACAAUAUCAGAAGAGAAUCACAUUACAGCUGGAGAAAGAGAGACAGUUGGCCAAACAGCUCCUGAAGGAUGGCAAGAAAGAACGAGCUCUUCUGUUGCUCAAAAAGAAACGCUACCAAGAUCUGCUGCUGGACAAGACCGAGAGUCAGAUAGCCAACUUGGAGUGCAUGGUUCAAGAUACUGAGUUUGCUCAGAUUGAUUUAAAAGUAAUUGAAUAUUUGAAAGCUGGCAAUGACUGUCUCAAGCAAAUGCAUGAGAUCAUGUUCAUUGGGAAGGUGGAGAGAAUAUUGGAGGAGACACAGGAGGCUAUCGAGUAUCAGAAGCAAAUCGAUGAGCUGCUGGCAGGCUCUUUGACACAGGAGGAUGAGGAUGCUGUCUUAGCAGAGCUGGAGGUCAUCACUCAGGUGUACAUAACCCUUCCAGAAUUACCCACAGAUCCCUUGCCUGUGGUGCUUAAGGGCGAGACAGUUUUUAUUACUGUCAAACACAAGGGAAAAGAGGCACAAUUCAAGGCGGAGAUAGAAGUGUUGGCAGUGUAG